AUGCUUUCCUUGCUCAAGCUUCAUCUUCUGGUUGCCAUCCUGGCCGUGGUCCCUGUCUUCGCGGCCUACCCUAAUCCAGAAGUUUGCGCUGGCGCAUGCUGGGCUCACGAUCCCGCCCUUAUUCGUCGUGACUCGGAUGGUCUUUACUUCAAGUUCAAUACUGCUGGUAAUGUCGAGAUUGCCACCUCGACCUCGUUGAAUGGACCAUGGACCUUGCAAGGAUUUGUCUUCACUGCUGGAAGCUCCCUCGACAACCCCGGGAACAAGGACCUGUGGGCCCCGGACGUCAGUCUCGUUAACGGCGUUUACCACAUGUACUACUCCGCCUCUACCUUCGGAUCACAAGUCAGUGCGAUUGGACUUGCCACCUCUCCAUCCAUGGAUCCAGGAACCUGGACCGACAGAGGAGCUGUCGGAAUCGCUUCGAAACCAGGAAAGCCUUACAACGCUAUCGACGCUAACUUGAUUCCGGUCGGCUCCGAAUACUACAUGAACUUUGGAUCUUUCUGGGGCAACAUCUACCAAGUCAAGUUAAAUGAUGCCGCUACCAAGACCGCUCGAGAUAGCGCCUACCAAUUGCAAUACGACUCGAGGAACGGAUCCCCAUCCGAGGGUGCGUACAUGUUCUACUACUCCGGCUACUACUACCUGACUUGGUCGCUGGGUAUCUGCUGCGGUUACGAUGCCAAAAAACCUGCCAAAGGCAUGGAAUACAAAAUCAUGAUGUGCCGCAGCUCCCACCACGAUGGUGACUUUAUCGACAAGGACGGAAAGGAUUGUACUGCCAACGGAGGUUCGCCUCUCCUCGAGUCCCACAACACUAUAUACGGGCCCGGUGGGCAGGGUGUUUUUAACGACCCGUCCAAGGGAUUGAUUCUGUACUAUCAUUACGCUGAAACUACUAAAGGGCUGGGGGAUGGUCAGUACCUGUUUGGAUGGAACGCGCUUAAGUGGUCAGGUGGCUGGCCUUACGUGUAA